CCUUUAAGCACAAGCACAAAAGAGGUCCUCAUCUCAUGUGCAUACACAUAUAUAUACAUAUACAUAUAUAUAUAUAAGUACAAAUAUUAGUGUAUAAAUAAUUACUUCUCUUCUGCUGCCUCUCUUUCAUUUUUCUUCCUCUAUAAGCCCAAAAAGCCUUUUUCUUUCGCUUACUUUGAUGUUUUCUUGGAAUUUCUGGGAACUGGGUAUGAGUUUGGGCAUGUGAAAAUUCAUAGGCUUGAAUUUUGGGAUAUUUCUGUUUUUGGGUACUUCUCAAUUUCCCUUAAUUUUGUACUUACCAUAAAUUGGAUGUAGUAUAUUUAUAUAUGAGCUGAAUAGUGAAGGGGAGAAAAGAAAAGAAAAAAAAAAGAAUGAAUCUAGGUGGUGGUCAAGUGGGAAAGGGGAUGUCGGCUACGUGCUCAAACGCCUCUUGGAAGUCCGGUGAUGCGGUCUCCGACAAGUUUCCGGCGGGUCUCCGGGUGCUGGUUGUGGAUGAUGACCCAACUUGCCUCAGGAUCUUGGAGAAGAUGCUUAGGACCUGCCUCUAUGAAGUAACCAAGUCCAAUAGGGCAGAGCUUGCUCUAUCGUUGCUUCGGGAAAAUAAGAAUGGCUUUGAUAUCGUUAUAAGUGAUGUCCAUAUGCCCGACAUGGACGGUUUCAAACUUCUUGAGCAUGUCGGUCUCGAGAUGGACCUGCCCGUUAUUAUGAUGUCAGCCGACGAUAGCAAGAACGUUGUGAUGAAGGGCGUUACGCACGGCGCGUGUGAUUAUCUGAUCAAGCCGGUCCGUAUCGAGGCACUGAAGAACAUAUGGCAACAUGUGGUCCGCAAAAGGAAGCACGAGUGGAAGGAAAAGGAUCCCGAGCAAUCGGGGAGUGCAGAAGAAGGCGGCGAUCGGCCUCAAAAACCUUCGGACGAUGCUGAUUACUCGUCUUCGGUAAACGAAGGGAACUGGAAAAGCUCGAAGAAAAGAAAGGACGAAGAAGAUGAAGGUGAAGAAAGGGAUGAUUCAUCCACAUUGAAGAAGCCACGUGUCGUUUGGUCGGUGGAGCUCCAUCAGCAAUUCGUGGCGGCAGUAAAUCAAUUAGGAAUUGACAAGGCUGUCCCGAAAAAAAUUCUGGAAUUGAUGAAUGUUCCUGGGCUUACAAGAGAGAAUGUUGCUAGCCACCUUCAGAAAUAUCGUCUUUAUCUGAGGAGGUUGAGUGGUCAGGGUGGACUGGGUAAUUCUUUUAUGGGGCAUCCGGAAUCGCCCUUCGGGUCUAUGUCGUCACUCAACGGGCUUGAUCUCCAGGCGCUAGCUGCCUCGGGUCAAAUAUCUGCACAGAGUCUUGCUACAUUCCAGGCGGCGGCACUGGGCAGUUCUGUCACUAAAUCGGCAAUUUCAAUGCCCCUAGUGGAUCAAAGAAACCUAUUUAGCUUUGAAAAUCCAAAGUCGAGAUUUGGCGAUGGACCGCCACAAAUGGGCAAUAGUAGUAAGCAAAUCGGUUUGCUUCAUGGAAUCCCAACGACAAUGGAGCCAAAGCAGCUUGCAAGCUUGCACCAAUCUUCUCCGACUUUCGGUGGUAUGAGUAUGCAAUUGAACUCCCAGGUGCACCAAAAUAACCCGUUACUAAUGCAGAUGGCACAAACCCAGCCUCGGGCUCAAAUGGUAAAUGACCCGAAUGGCGGUCAAGCUUCCCGGCUGCCAUUAUCGGUCCCACAGCCCCUUUUGACGGGUGGAGUCCUUGGAGGGAAUAGUAUCGUUGACAAUUCCGUUUCCCAUGCCCCAUCAACAGUGGCUUUCUCGGUAAACCAGGGCACCGAGUUGCAAACUAAUAGUUAUACUACUAGCAAUUCCGGGGUGUCGUCUCUAACAUCCAGAGGAAUGCUCCGAGAACAGGCUAAUCCCGAUGUCAAAGGAACGAGAGGAUUUGUUCCCGGUUACGAUAUCUUUAACGAUCUCCAUCAGCAUAAAGCACAGGAUUGGGGUUUACAAAACGUUGGAACCACUUUCGAUGCCCCUCCUCAUCAUUUCCUCGACGCCCCACCCUCAGUUAUGGCUCAACACGGGUUUUCCUCGAACCAAAAGAGAAACGCACCUAUCAACAAGGACGUAUUCUUGAGCGGGGAAGAAACCGGGCAUGGUGGAAACAACCCAAUGCUCGGUCCACAAUUCAACUCACUACUCGGUGGUGGAAAUCCCGUCACAAUCAAGACCGAGAGACUCCCUGAUACAACCUUUCAGAACACGCUUUUCUCUGACCAAUACGGUCAGGACGACCUCAUGAGUGCCCUUCUCAAACAGCAGCAAGAUAAUAGCCUUGGACCAGUCGAGAACGAGUUUGGCUUUGAUGGAUACCAAUUGGAUAAUCUUCCAGUGUAGGAUGUUUCUACUGUGUCUCUAGCUUGCAUUAUAUGGAUAUAUGGUUGCACUUACUGGUGUACAUAGUUGCACUUACACCCGAAAAAAAAAACUUAUUUGAUGUUCUUCGAUACUGGCCUCACCUUGCUGUCCCGUCUUCUUUGUUAGUUUACAUCCCACCAUGCUGAUCCAUUCUAGAACAAACAUCCCACUCGACCCGAAAUAAUGGAUGGAAGAACGGGAAGGAGAAGUGUGUACUAUACUGCUGAACCCAUCUACACACAAAAGUUUUGACGGUUCUAGGUAGGUGUGAUUGUAGGGAGAUUGCUUCAUAUAUAAGUGCUCGAGUGGUUCUUCGGUGGCUAGAAAAAAGGUUCCUAGUUUUCAUGAACAUGAGUCCCUUUCCCCUAACAUUAUUAACUCAAUUCAUCAUCAUCCUCCUUAUUUUCAUGAUUUGGCAUUGAUGACUUGAUGUACAGAAGAACUUAUUUGAUUGCUCAAGACACAAGUCUUUGACAUUCUUUCUUCACUUUGCUCUAUACUUAGCUUCCAAGAUUGUUUGAAGUUUCUUUUAGUGCAUUAUA